UUUAUCUGAAGCUUUCUUAUCGUUUGGUUUAAUGGCACCUCUGAAUAUCAUUUUUGCUUUUUUUUCUCGAAAGAUUUUGAAAUGCCUCAUCUCUAACAUCACUGUAUCGUCACGUGAAACAAUCUGGUUCAACAUCUAACCGUAUACAGAGGAGAAGGACUCAGAUUCGUAUGGCUCAGCGGGCUUAUCGCCAUCGAAAAGAAACCACCAUCACCUCUUUGGAAAAACAAGUCCAAGAUUUAAGGGGCACCAAUGAAGAGAUGAGCAACAUCUUCAUUAGCCUCUACGACUACGCCGUGGGGCAAGGACUGCUUCAACGAGAGCCGGAGUUCGGUCAGCAACUUCAAUCGACCACUGAAAGGUUCCUCGCUUUAGCCAAGUCAACAGCACAGGAGGAAGGAAGUCAUGAUGAGCAACCCGAAGAAACUAAACAGGUGGAGUCUGAAUCUGCGCGAAGAACGAAAGCCACACGAGCAUCAUCCAAGAAAGCUCAGGAACAGAGUCCUAAAACUUCCGACGCACCAGUCCAUCCGUAUGGAGGCUACAUUAGCAGGUUGUCGCCUUCGGACAGUCCAGUUGAAGAGAUACCACUGGAUUCUCAACUACAGACGUACGAGCAUCGACCACGUCCAACAGAACUUCAAGUUAUCACUCGGCCAACCGAAGACAAUGCAAGCUUUCCCUUCGACCUGAUGGAUCUCCAACAAUACCGAGUCGAUAUUCCGCCUAUGGAAGACUACUCCCAGAACUUUUUCUCACAAACUCAGCUGCCACUGCCUACAACGCACUCUUACGCAGAAUUCUCGUUUGCUCGUCGGAUACAAAGAGCCUCAGUCGAAAGAGCUUAUAAGCUUAUUACUGCAGAGAACCCGCCCGAAGUACGUUUCAAGGAAGUGUUCGGUCUCACAUUAAGGUACGAGACUAAAGAAAAUGUUAUUGCGCGCUUGAAGAAGUUCUUGCGAGCUACCGACAAGGAGACACUUCAUGAAUGGCGUAAUCCUUUUGUCCAUAUUGGUGGAUCAGGCACUUUUUAUCCCAACCACGACAGCGAGAUUGAAACAGAUUUGAUGCCCAAAUUCCGGACUGGCUAUUCUAUGGGGCCAUUCAACCCGACCGUCGGCCAAGCACAAGAACUUAUGCUAGAGGAUAUGAAGUGCACUCUGCCAGGUUUUGAUGGAGAAUUCUUCGAUGCGAACGAUGUUGAAGGGUAUCUCCGUGGCCGUGGCCUCGAGAUUCCUCCAUCUGCGGAUUAUGUCACCGCUGAGCUCGACGCAUCCAUCUUAGAUGAAGCUAUAUCUCCUAGAAGUGACAGUGUCGACACACUCCCAACGAUUCCAUCUCCUAAAACGCCGAAAAGUCCUUUGGACAGAUCGCUGGUAAACAACGGUCUGGGCCAGCGCUAUGAUUACAAUAAACCCAACAUCAAUGGGUUUCCUUUCCCGAUAACCCUAUGGUCUAUGGACGCAUCCCCAAAAGACACUAGCAACAUUGAUCCGAUCUUCAACACACUUCCCAGUCAAAGCACAUCGAAUCGAGCAGCUGAGAGCGUGCGGUCGUUCACAAACAAACGUUUGGUGACGAUCAACGUCAAUGUUCUGGUGGAUGGAAUAUUGAGUCGUGCAGUCUGCUUAGGUAGAGGUGCUGGUUUCAGACUCUCUGACGUAAAUGCAGCUAUCGUGGCAGCUAUCAAAGCUGGGUUCUAGUGGUCCCCUUGCCCCGAUUCUGGUCAAGCUCCCGCAAACUUGCGGGAACUAUAGAGUUGUGAUUUGGACUAUGGUGCAUCACGCCCAGACUUGCCACACAAAUUGUCUUGACUUGAGAACUUCAAAA